AUUCGUCCAUUCAGCCAUUCUAUUAUUGUUGUCUUGUUUGCACGCGCUAGUGGCAAUUACUGCGCAACUCGUACACCGUAGUUCGUACCCCAAACUGCCGAAGUUUGCGCGGCUCUCUCUCUCUCUUGUCGACCAUAAUAAUAACAAUACGGACGGCGGUGGCUCUCGUAUUUUGCUGAUAAACAGAUAAAACAACAACAGACGACGAUAAUAACAUGGAAUAAUAUUGUACCUAUUUUAGUUUAAGAGGAUUGGCUGUUCAGUCUCACUGCUCUCACACGUCUUUUACCCGCCCAAUCUUUCCGGCUCUUCACUUCUUCAGUCUUCACCCGUAGUACCACUCUACCACAUUACGCCAACCGUUUGUGCGUGUUUACAAUAUUAUUGUUUUUUGUUCAAAAAAUAUUUUACAUUUUUCUUUCCCUAGAGCAAAAACAAAGCGGCGUCUACGGUUUUCGCGCUUUUUUUCCAUCCCUUCGUUUUGCAAUCGGCUGCUAGUUAGUCGUUCUCGAACAACCGUCGACAGUCCACCUGCGGAUACCGCCAUCACCUUCACCACCACGCUCGCAGCACAGUUGUUUUAGCUAUGGCCGAUCAAAACCCAAAUGAGAUUCAAAAUCCAGAAUUUUGUAAGCCCAAGGACCCCAAAGAUGUUGAAAAAGCCCAAGAAGAGUGCAUGAAGAAACAGUAUCAAAUGAAGUCAAAUUGGCCUCCAGUCAGUGGUCAUUCUGCCCUCCUCCAAAAACGUUUAGCCAAAGGGCAAAAAUUUUUUGAUUCCGGUGAUUAUCAAAUGGCCAAACAGGCCGGCAAUGGAAAUAAAUUGAUUAAUAAUCGUCCUGUGCAACAAGUAUUGGGUUUUGGUACUGGAGAUACCAUACCGACACCAGAAACAGUUCCAGCACGCAAGACCUCUAUUAUUCAGCCAAAAUUCAAUUCAAGUUCCACUCCAUCAUCCACUACGUGAUUUGUAUGUCUAAUGGGUUAUAAAUUAAUUUAAUUUUUUUUUUAUUAUUAUUCAGUAAUUUAGUCCAAUCAAAUGUAAAUGUUAUUCAUUUUAAUUUUGUUAAUGUUAUGACUUAUGGCUUAUGGAGUAAACAAAAAAUGGCCAUUUGAUUAAACUAUUUUUUUUUUCUUAAUAAUUUUAUCAUUAAUAAGUAAUUGAAUUUUACAGAGAAUUUUAUGUGUAUUAUUACAUAAUAUUUUAAUUCUAUUUUAACGCUCAUAAUAAAGCAUUUUUUUUUCAACAAAGUAAUCGUUUUUUUAUAUUUUUUUUUUUAAUUAUUGGUUCAUAAAAUGUUUUUGGAUGUGAGCACAUUUGCUCGUGAGUGUUGCUUCAAUCUAUAACCAAAUUCCAUCAAAGUAAGCCAGUAAAACUGCAGUAUACAAGUAAUCUAGUAUUAUAUCUAGUACUCUAUCUGGAAUAAGACUAAAUAUAUAAUAAAGCCCUCGCGCACCUGUGUUGGUGGGAGAAGCAUCUGACCACCGCCUGACAAAAACUGGUCAUUAUUGUCGACGUUUCUAUUCUAUUUCUGAAUAGAGUAUAGACAUGUCUAAGUGGAAAUUUAUGACGUAUUAAGUUUCAUAACUAAAUCUUAUUUGUGUUUUUUCAAAGUAAGGAUAAUAUUAUAUACACAAUUUAAAAUUUGUGAUUUGGUAAUUUAAUAAAAUGUUUUUAAGUACCUA